UGUUGCGGCGGAGGUUUACGAGUUGUUGCUAGACAAAACCUCAGCAGAAGCGAAUUUUACCUGAAUGCAGAAUCUUAUCACAUUAUCGUUUGCUGAGGUACAAAUAACUAAGUGAAAUAGUAAUGACCCCGAGUUUGGUUUAUCACUAAUUCAGCUUCACCGUCCAAUGAAGUGUUUUCUUCACCGUUUGAAGUAUGGAUUAGUACACUUGUCAUCAAAUACCAUGGCUUCUAUGAAAGAUCUCCGUGCUCAGCUAACAUUGCAAAACGUCCAGUAUGUUCCUGAGGUGGUUUUGGUGGUUGCCAUUGGACUGGGACUCUACACACAAUGGACAGUGACUCAGAAUCUUCUCCUGUCUGCCUUUGCCCUCUCUGCUCUCUUUGUAUUUGCCAUGUCAUGCGCAUUGCGUUAUUACUGUGGUCUAGAGAGGCUUGGGAGAGCAUUGUACCAUAUCUGGGUAGGAUGUCUAGUGGGGAUCCUUGCAUACACAGACACCAAGGAUGUAGAAUUUAUCACCACCCAAGAAGCCAUGGAGGCACUGUUUCUUACAAGCCUUGCAUUGGCUGUUUUCUGGCACAUCCUGUCUCGCUUGCUUAAGCUUGCAGAUCCUAACCCUGGAUUGCUUGGAAUGGCUGCCGGAUGUGAAGGAGUUGGCCUCAUGAUUGCAGGGAUACAGACUGGGCCAGCAGCUCCAGCAUUAGCUUUGGUGACCCUGGCAUUUUUUACUCAUGUAGCAGCAUUAAGACUCAGAUCAACACCAGUGAUAGCCUCCCUUAUUGGCUUUGUGACCAUUGCAGUGCUGUACAUCUUUCCUCAGCUUUCUCUGCGGCCAAACGUCUACGCCUUGGUGUGCCUCACAGGACAUCACAUUAUUCCUGCUGUGCUAGAUCUGUAUUUGUGUGGCCGCACCCUCUUGGAACGCUGGCAGACAACGGUGUUUGGGCUGCACCGUAUCUUGCGGCAUAUGAUGGUGGUGCUAAUGUUAAGCCUGGACUUAGCUCUGGCUAUUGUGGUUGGAGCCAGCACAAUGCAGCACAAAGAGUGGUUUGUGGUGUUCCCACUCUUCCUUGUGGCUGCAGCUGCCUGGCUUCUGCUUCAUCUGGCAUUCUUUGCAGCAUGUUGGCAGCUAAUGGGAAAGGUCACCGCAUGCAAUUCAGCACAUGCCAGUCUCGGAGAAUCAGCAUACAGCUAUCCUCGUGUCAUGGCUGCACGUGGCCUUCGUCACUUUGGCCUUGUGACCCAGCGACUGAUCUGUCUCAGUCUGAGCUCUACACUUGUCCUCCUGGCGCUGGGAUGGGAAACAAGGACAUCCUAUACUGCCCUGACCUUUACUGUCAUCCCACUGGAGGCCGCCGUUUUGAGUCUUUUUUGGGAUUUAGGUGAUCAACUUGGUGGAACAUGCACCUCCUAUGGAUUGAUUUCUCCUGUUUCAUCACUUAGACCUGGUGAUGGUGCCACCUUGCUAUCAGCUGCAGCUGUGCAAGAGAUGACCACCCGAGCAAUGAUGACAGUUGCACAGGUGCAACAUUUCUUUGCUUUCCACAUGCUUGCCAACUUUGGAUGUGACUUCUCCACUUCCGGAAUGUCGCUGGAGUCAUUGCAGAAUAAGCUGAACACAUUCUUUGACCAGAGGACUUCUGAGGGGCCACGUUAUGAUACCUACGUUCUGUAUUACUGUGGAGAUGUUUUUAGCAAUGGGGAUUGGGCUCUGACAGACAAUAAACGUCUGACAUUAGACACCUUAUUGGAAUGGUGGGAUGCUAGGAAUGGAAGUUCCGGUGCUCGCCUGAUCUUGCUCUUGGAUUCCUUGCAUUCUUUUGAAUGGGCCCAUGAAGUCAGACAGCUUUCUGGAACAUUUUGUGCUGUUCAGACGUGCCGCUAUAUUCAUCGCCCAGUCUCAGAUGUAGAGGAUGAGUCUGGUCAGCCAGUCACCGUGGGGGCCUUCACACGUGCUUAUGUGCAGUACAACACUGGCCAAGAUGUGGCCUUGGACAUGAGCAGUAAACAGCGCCCUCUACGGGCGUUGUACACUACAUCGCGGUGUUGGAGUGACUUCACUUUCCACUUGCCCACAAGGGAUGAUUUUCGGCAUUACUGGGACAACAAUUUUCCAAAGUGCACGCGACCUCUGUUGCGAGCUCUGAACAUUCCUGGCAUGGGUUCAUUGUUCUGUUGCUGCACCUGCAUCGGACGUUGGAUGCGACGUGUGCAAAUGUCAUGCCUACCUCCACGGGAAAUUGACACAGGCCAUGGAUUCAAGCUUAUAAGAACUUAGCUUGGAAAUCAGCUCCCCUCCUUCAUAAAAUAAGUAUUUGUGAACAGUUUUCUUGGUCUUUACAGCAUUCAUAACCUUAUUAUCAUGUUUUCCUGUAUGAAACUCAUCCUUAUGGAUUCUAGUUUCAUAGCACUUGUAUCUCUUAAAAUUCACAGAAGACUUUGGUGUCUGUUGAAAGGUGAUCAUAUAUUGUUUAACAAUUUGCCUGGGGUGUGUUGUGCCAUUUUGGGGUAGACGUUUUGGGGAGUCUGUUGUCAGAGUACCGUCUUAAAAAUUAGCCAGACAUUUUGUGACUGUAAAGCAGAAAUGAUUUGCAAUUGGAUGGGAGAAAAAUAUAGGGCUUGUGUAGAAAGAAAAGGUUGAUUUAACAGUAAGAAGCAUUCUGUUACAGCAUACCAAGAAUUUGGUGUCUUUUAGAAUAGAUGCACAAAAAGAGUGUUUAGAAACUUUUUGAUGGAUGCUCUUAAGUUUCCAUCAGAAUCAGCAUUCAUUUAACCAUAUUGUGCAGGCACGUCUGGGAGCCAUUCCAUGGACUAUUUCAGCCAUUAGUUGUAAAUUUUGUAUUAGAUUUUAGCUGCCAUGUGUAAUUAUCAGCCUCUCAUUUCUUCAAAGUCAGAAAAUCUUACUUUUGAGUGAACCGUGUUAUAUAACAGCAACAUUAAUUAAGGGCCAUGGUUAUAGUAAAAAUGAAGAUGCUUGGUUUUUGCUCUAUUUUUUGGGGUGGUUGCAGGUGUAGCAAAAUUUUAAUAUUGCUUUUACCAGCAUUUGAGCUAAACAGUGUAAAGUGUUCUUUCAGUUUUCUAAUUUCCUUUCUUUAUUUGGCAACUUAAAUAGGAGAAAAAUCAUGUUUUGUUAAGCAUUGCUAUGAUUUCCAGACUGCAGAAAGUAAACAAAAAAGAUUCUAUACUGUCUUCCAAAAAAAAAAAAUGAUUAUAUUUUCAUGGCACAUCAUAUCCAAAUAUGGUUUUCUUAAAUUUAGAUUAUGACACCAUACCGAAAAAUGUAAAAAAAAAAAAAGUUCUCCAUAUAACCUAGUCAUAUAUGCUGAAGAACAAAAUAAAAUGCCAUUUUGCCAAAAUGUUCAUCCCAAAAGCAUUUCUUGACAUCCAACAAUGAUAUCCACAUUAUUUCUUUGGUGAGGAAGAAAACGCUUGCUGUUACUCCUGCAAGUGAGUGUUUUUGUGGCCUUCUUGAACCAAUAUGCUGGUUGUAAUUUUUUUUUCUUCUUUUGAUCAAUCAUUCCUAAUGUUAAUGCUUAAGCACUUGCCUUAAAUCUCCUAAUUGUUUAUGCAUGGCUGUGAUUGGUAAUGUCCUUACAACUAUAUUUUUAACAUGAAUCUUAUCAGAAUCCAGUGCUUGCACUGUAACUGGUUUUUGAAGUUUUGCAACUUGCCUUCUUGAAGCACUUCUUUGGUAUCAAUGCUCUCUUAAAAAAUGGCCAGCUGUUGGAUCCUUGAUUUCACAGGAGUGUGGGAUUUAGUUUGUUUAUAAAUGUAGUGUUUUGUAAAUCAGCAGAAGAUACAGUGUUUUAAAUAUUUUAUAGCUCAUGUCAUCUUGUCAGAACCAUUUUGGUACUUUCCAUUUUUAAGAAGGGAAGCAAAAGAUAUUAAUGGAGAAAAAUGAGUGGUGGAUAGUCCACACCACAGAGGAAUAGUAAGCUUGAGGAGAAAAAUUUUCUAUUUAAAGAUUUGUUGAUGGGCAGUCAUUUAACGCAGCACAGAGUGAAUCUCCAUGAAAAGAGAAGCACACAAGAAACAGCAUGAACAUUGCUAUGGAACUUUAAUCAACUACAGACAUUUUAAUCUAGUGGGCAUACAUGUAAUGGAGGCUAUGACAUAAAAAAAUUUAAGUAAUCAGCUUCUGUCCAUUUUGAUGCAGGGAUUUUUAGACCCGACUAUCUUUCAGAUAUGUUACCCAGCGCUUUGAAGAGUGUCAUUUCCUCUAUUUUAAACUGCUUUUAUCCGGUGUUGUAGAAGCUGUUCAAUGCAUAGCGGGUCAGCUUCCGACUUCUUUUCUAAUAUUUAACAUCUUUUCUAAUAUUUAAUUAUUGAAAUGUGCUCACAAAAGCUUUACUUAAUUUUAAAAAUUCAGUGCAUAUCGCGCAUUCUUAAAAAAAAAAAAAGGCCAAGAACUGGUGGUCUUUCUCUUUGUGCUUUUAAUAAUAUUUUUGUCAGAUCAGAAGAGUGAACCACAGCUGAAACAUUAGAAAAGCUUGAGACUAAACAUUUUAAAGGAAAAGCUAUGGAAAGUGUAUGGAUUUUCUUGUAAUGUCAGUUUUAUACAUUUUAUACAUUGAUCAAUGCCUUGUUGGAGUCAGUUUGUGCACUGGGUAUAAUGUGGUGACAGUUUUGUGACACCACUGGAAAGUUUUGUGUAAAAAGCAUGUAAUGUUUUCAUGUAAUGAGCAAUGCAGAUCACUGGUGAUUUAUCAUUUAGCUGCCAUGGUGUUGUCAUUAUGCAGAGAUAAAUGUGCUUGUAUAUGCUGUGCUUACAAUCAGCAUAUUGCUGGCUUUCCAUAUUGUUUCCACUGUUUGCAUCAACAGAAUUUUUUUUUAAAAAAGCAAAAUGAAGGGAAGCUACUUGUGCUUGGUGUUGGACUGGUGAGACAUUUUUACAAACUAUGCACUUUUUCUUUCUUCUGCAUUUCUUCAUACUGUUAGUUCAUUCUUCAAAUUAUAGUUUUUUAUAUUAUUUUUAUGUUUAGUAACGUGACAUUACUUUGAAUGCGAGUUUUAUGGUGGUGAAGAAAUUAAAAAUAAUGCAACUCAGUAAUCCUGGAAAUACCUUUUGUUAACAGCAAUGUGAGCAUGGCUAUGAGCCAUGUCUUGUAUCUUGAAGAUGGAUUCUGGGACUGAUGCCCAGUUUUUCAUUAGGUUUAUGUCGUCUAGUUCUACCCUUUACUGACCUUGACUGUAGACAGCUGGGGAGUGAACAUCAAGAAUCACCACAAUGGUUUAAUCCCAUUUGGCAUAUUUAAAAGGAGUAACGGGUAAUAAACUAUAAGGAGGAUUGAUGGUAGAAGUAAAUAUAACUUGCAAGUAUUUCUUCUUUACUUUUAUUUCAUGUGUCUUCUAAUACAAAGGAAUGUGCCUUAAUGUGAAUAGAGUCAUUGCAUUAAUUGCGCUUACUCGAGAAAAAAAGAAAAGAAGAAAAUUUGUGUCUGAAUUUGAUUUUAUUCUGUAUUCCAGAUACAUAACUAAAAUGGUUACUGAAAAAUGACCAGAAAUUUUUUAGGGUCAUGUGAAUAUGAACCGGGCAUUUAUAAUUUUGGUCCCAGGUGUAACAGCGGUAGUUUUUUCCUGUAUCAAAAGUAUCCUGAGCUGAAGGCUCUUGUAGUUAAAUAUCAACAGAGGAAUGUCCCAUGCAGUUGCCUAAUGUACAGUAAAUCCUACUAAAACUUAAGUAGGGCUUAAUAGACUUCUACUAUAAAGCAGAGAAUGUGAGAGGCAUCUUUAUAAUAUUUAUUGAAUUAUUUUUACUUUUACAUCUUUUUAUCAACUGCAUGAAGAAAUCCACUUGAGCCAAACAAUUUUCUCAGAGAGUGUUACCAGCAUUCGUUCAAAAUUUUGCAUAGAUUUUAUGAUGCUGCUUGAAUUCCUCUGCCUUUAUUAUGGUAUCUUUUUGCAUUUGCUAAAUAACAGGAAACCAUUUGAAGGAAUAUUGUUUGUUGUAAAAUCUUAAGAAUCAUGAUCAAUUUUUAGAUUUUCUACAAGUGUAAAUAUUGAAUAUGAGUUGAGUCAAUAUGGCCAAUAUUUAUGAAAAAGGUUAUUCAGAAUUUUAUAAAAACUUUACUAGGCAUGAACUAUGGCUAUGAUUUUUUUUAAUGAAAGUUAUCAAGCAGUUCAUCUGAACAACUUUUUCUUAUUUCACUUUGAUGUUGAUUUUGUGGGGUCUGUUUGUCGUUUAUAAAUUUUUGUGUCAGGUGCUGCUAGGACAUUAAAAAGUUUGGGAGAA